CAAUCGUUCUGGAGCCAAAAUUUUCGCGACGAACGCUCGGGAAACUUCCCUCUUAUCGAAUAAACAAUUGUUUCUCGGUACCUAAUCCCAGUCUACAUGUCCAGUCAUCGUUAGAAACGAUAUUUAGUGCUUUGGCAGCAAGUUGUCGUGUGUGCGUGUGUGUGGGUCGUCUCGAAUUGUUCACAUUUUUCGGUCUGGCUGAGCAUUUUCACCCAAUCACCCAAAACAAAUGAGAAUGACAUCGUCCACAAAGAUAAUGCUGAUAGCGUGCGGUUCGUUUAGUCCGCCAACACCGAUGCACUUCCGGAUGUUUGAAAUUGCCCGCGAUCACAUCCAGCAGAUGGGCCUCGGGCAGGUGGUUGGCGGCAUAGUGUCACCGGUGCAUGACUCAUACGCCAAGAAAGGGCUGGUGUCGGCGACGCACCGUUGUGCAAUGAUCAAGAUCGGUCUCAAAACCUCCGACUGGAUCCAUCUGUCCGACUGGGAAACGCAACAGGAAGAGUGGACCCGUACGCGUCAAGUGUUGCAGUACCAUCAGAACUACAUAAACUCCUACCUAAAGGAUACGAAUGGGACCAUCAACAACCAACACAUACCGGCCUGGAUCCCGGAAGGCAUCAAGCGGACGGCGGGCCAGGUUCAGCUGAAGCUGCUGUGCGGUGCCGAUCUGCUCGAAUCGUUUGCCACGCCCGGCCUGUGGAAGGACGAAGAUUUGGAGGCGAUUCUGGGCUACCACGGCAUUGUGGUGAUUUCCCGCGCCGGUUCCAACCCGGAGCAGUUCAUCUUCAAUUCCGAUCUUUUGAGUCGAUAUCGGCGCAACAUUACGAUCGUAACGAACUGGGUGACGAACGACGUUAGCUCCACGCUGAUUCGAAAGCUGCUGAGCAGGGGCCUCUCGGUGAAGUACCUUCUGGACGACCAUGUGGCCGAGUACAUUCGAAAGUUCGGCCUGUUUGGCACGAACAAUGAGACUGACAGGGACGGCAGUUCGUGUUUGCGCGGUACGGCGCAAAACUGACUGCACCUUUCCGUCUGUGGGCUUCAUCAUCUAUUCACUGUCGUUGCUAAUGAAAUCUCCAUUCCCCCACCCCGCUUUCCUAUUGACAUGUCUGUGCGCAUUUCGGAAAAUUGGAAUACACUUUGACUUUUGGGUAAAACAUACAACGUACGCAGUAAGUACAUUCUAACACCGGGCAGUGCGGCGGAAGCGAUGAGCAUUUCGCCCAUCUCACCCGUCAACGAUCCGGACCUGUACAUCGAGGCACAAAACCAGCGCAACAAGCUCGGCGCGGCGUCCUGCGAGGCGAUGGAUGAGACGGACUUUCCAAUUCCACCGCUGCCACCGACCACCCUGAACAAGGUGUUUUGCUGUGCGACGGAAUCGAACUCAAAGCCGGCCUCGCCGGGCACUACUGGUGGCAGUCGGGGAACAUUUCUCAGCAGACCGGGUAGUGCGGUACAGAUUGUAACGACGGCCGCGCCCAUGCCGACCCCGCCACUCGUCACCUCACCGGACGGGACGACGACAAACCCGGCAGGAGCGGCCGCUCUCCACAUCACACUGGACGAUGGCACCACAGGCAAGAAGAAGGUGGGUGAGAAUGCAAACGCAAAGGGCGCUUCUGUCCGCGAACCUACAAAACCGAGCACAAACGCUAAACCCAGCACCAACGGCAAAGACAAUACCAGCACAGCAGCCGCCGGCGCACCACCAUCGACCAAACGCACGACAGCGACGGCUGCCAACACCACCGUAGAAACCGUAGCAACCGAGCGGAGUGGUGGUGGUGGUAGUAGUAGUAGUAGUAGUGGUACGAAGCGCGUUGCUACGACCAAAUCAAACACCAACGUAGGCGCUACUUUGGGCACAAGCGCGGCACAAACGGCCGGCGGUUCGACUGGACGGAUCAGCCCGUCCCGUAGCUAUGACGAUAUGAUCAAGUUCGUCUUCACCGAGCACGGCAUUAAGGUCAUUAGCGAUCGCGAGUACGUAGUGUAGAGGGAGAGGGGGAAAGCGGUGCCCACAGUUUCACGCUAGCCAAUUGCACAAAAGUAAAACGCGUAAGUACGGACGCUAGAAACGGUGCUAAUGUAGCAGUAGCGUUCGUUGCAAGCUUCCAUGCUUUAGAGGCUGCGAUCGUAUUGUAGAAGCUAAAACCAAACCUUUGGGGUUGCUGUAGUGUAAUGCUUGACUCGUUUGAUUUGCCUUUAACCUAAAUAUCAUUAUUUUCACCAAUUUAAUGCAUGUUUGUAGACGUUUUAGUUGUAUCUAGAGCAUUUAAAUCUAGCAUUUCCAACAGAAAACUAAUCCCACUCUACUCCUUUUUUCCAUUUUAGGUCGUAAAAAAGUUGAAGAUAUCCGCCUGUCCAGUGUAAAAAGGUGUUUUUUGGGUGCUGUUUUGGCGCAACGGUGAUAUACUCUCUCCUCUUUCCGCACGAAAUCUCGCAUCGAAUGCAAACCCAAUACCAAGAGCAGCAUGAUUGAAAGGGGACGUGUUUUAUGUAGGCGCUAAUAGUUGGAUGUCGUUCAAGCAUAGUUCCUUAAUGUGUUUUUGUUUUUAUUGAAAUAGCUUGUUAAUAUUUAUUUACGAUUACAUCACACACACACAAACGGACAGACAUACAAUACAAAAAAGAACCGCUGCAUGUACCUUUACUUGAAACCAUUCUCUGGACAAAGGUGACGAAAGGGAGGAGGAUAGGGAGCUCAAAAACGGCCCACACACGGUUCACACCGCAUAUACUCAUCCGUUUUAGUGGCAUGAAACGGGUCAAUUUUCGCUCUUUUAAAUAAUGCGCUUUGCAGAAAAAUGCAGCAACAUACACAGUUUUACACAUGACCACCCGAUUGGUGAGCGAUUUUAUAGUCCAAAAUGAAAGUUUAAAUUGAAAAAAUGGGAAAGUUAGGGGAAGGCCCAUUUCGGUUGAUUUCCUCUCCUUAGCAACGGAAUCGAUGGUAGGGUGCUAGACAGAUAGGUGAAUGUGAUUAGCUGGAAGACUUAAUAAAACUAAGUAGUUACAGAAGAA